AAGAGCCCCGGAACCCGGCCGGCCGCGCGGGCCCGCGCUCCUCCGCCAGCCCGCGGCCGCACUCACCAGCUCCGGAAUCCGCCCCGUGGCCCUCGGCCGCGCUCCAGAGCCGGCAGGGAACGGCGGCGGCGCGGGCUCCACGUGCAGCGCCUCUCCGGAGGCGUCCGGUCGCGGACUGUCUCCGAGGCGCUUCCUGUCCGGUGAGCGUCGAACGACUGAAGCGGUGGCCCAUAAUGCAUUGCGAUGGCGGGUAGGCGUGUGUAGGCGGAGCCAGGGCCGGAAGUAGAACGGUGGCGGCGGCGGUGACUCUGGCAGCUCGGGACUGAGUGCAAGUACCAGAGACUCACCAUGAUUCUUCAGAGGAUCUUCAGGCUGUCCUCUCUCCUUCGGUCGGCAGUCUCUGUGAACUUGAGGAGGAACAUUGGUGUUACAGCGGUGGCGUUUAAUAAGGAACUUGAUCCGGUACAGAAACUCUUCGUGGACAAGAUAAGAGAGUACAAAUCAAAGCGACAGACAUCUGGAGGACCUGUUGAUGCUGGCCCAGAGUAUCAGCAAGAUCUGGACAAAGAGCUUUUUAAGCUUAAACAAAUGUUUGGUAAAGGAGAUAUGAAUACGUUUCCUACCUUCAAAUUUGAAGAUCCCAAAUUUGAAGUCUUCGACAAACCCCAGUCCUGAAGAAUACUAUAAAAUCCAUCUGGUAAUUUAGUUGUACAACUAAUUAAAAAAAUUCAAAUAAACUUUCAUUUCACAGUUA